AACUCAAUUAUUGACAUUUGAAAAUAGCUGCAAUUGUACGGCUACGGCAGGAGUUUGUUUUUGUUUCUAUUUCAAUCAAACUAUUUUAAGUAACUAAUUAGUCGAUUACUAUAUUAGUAGGUGUAAAAACAAACAAAGUGAUAUAGUUUUGUGUCGUGGUAGGUGUAAAAAAAGGCUAUAAUGCCUUCCAUCGAUGUGAUGCUCCCUCCGGGGCACACGCUCGAAGACGCGCCGGAGGAGCCCCAGGCACCCCCUCCGCCAGUCAUAGGCAUCAUAUACCCACCACCAGAAGUCAGGAAUAUUGUUGACAAGACAGCAAGUUUUGUGGCUCGUAAUGGGCCAGAGUUUGAAGCUCGCAUCCGGCAGAAUGAGCUUGGAAACCCUAAGUUCAACUUUCUCAACUCUGGAGAUCCAUACCAUGCAUACUAUCAGCACAAAGUUAAAGAAAUUAGGGAAGGAAAAGGUACGGAACUAGCAAUUAUCACCCCGGUGGGCCCGCCGGUUCAGCGGCCUGGCCUGGCGCCGGCCACCGCGGCCCGUCAACAGGAACUGCUCAAAGCCGCCGCGCCGGUCGAGCCACCGCCGCCGCGCGACCCCCCGCCGGACUUCGAAUUCAUUGCCGAUCCGCCCUCCAUAUCGGCAUUGGAACUCGACAUUGUCAAGCUGACAGCUCAGUUCGUAGCGAGGAACGGACGACAGUUUUUAACAGAUCUGAUGAAAAAAGAAGAACGAAAUCAUCAGUUCGAUUUUCUCCGUCCUCAGCAUUCUUUGUUUCAGUACUUCACGCGACUUUUGGAACAAUACACAAAAGUUUUGUUGCCACCUAAGGAAUUAGUCUCUAAAUUGAGCGGAGAAAUAAGGGGUGGGGUCUUAGAACAAGCCCGCAGUAGGGCAGCGUGGCAUUCCCAUCAAGCGAGACGUAAAGCUGCCGAUGAAGCUAGGAUUGAGAAAGAGCGAUUGGCAUAUGCGUCUAUCGAUUGGCAUGAUUUUGUAGUAGUGGAAACAGUGGACUACCCAGCAGGGGAGCCAGGAGACUUCCCGCCACCGACGACACCUUUAGAAGUCGGUGCGAGAGUUUUAGCUCAGGAGCGAGGCGAAAACAUCACUCAAGCUAAUGAAGAAGACGACACAGAGAUGCAAUUGGAAUCGGAGACAGAGUCUGAUUCCGACGACGAAUUAGCUGAGAUGGAGGACAGGACUCAGCAGCAACAGCGGCCUGACGACAACCGAGUGCAGGAUAUGGAGGAAGACAGCUCUUCAUCCGACGAUGAAGGGCCUCCCGAACCGCCGAGGAUCUCAACGGAAGAAGCCCCUGUAGCUCCACGUCCAGAUCGCGUGGUCGUUAAGAAGUACGAUCCCAAACGCGCUCGUCCUCAACAGACUCCUACUAGCGAGGAAUGGCUGGUGUCGCCCAUCACUGGGGAGAAGAUUCCGGCCAACAAGGUAGCAGACCACGUGAGGAUAGGGUUGCUUGACCCUCGUUGGCUGGAGCAGAGGGACCGGGCCGCGGCUGAAAGGUCCGAUCGGGACGAGGCGCUCGCUCCGGGCGCUGCGAUUGAGGCUUCACUUAAACAGCUCGCGGAGCGGCGUACGGACAUCUUCGGCGUGGGCGACGAGGAGACGGCCAUCGGCAAGAAGAUCGGCGAGGAGGAGAAGCGCCGCGACGAGCGCGUCACGUGGGACGGACACACGUCCAGCGUGGAGGCGGCCACGCGCGCCGCGCGCGCACACAUCACCCUGGAGGACCAGAUCCAGCAAAUACACAAGGUCAAGGGUCUCCUCCCAGAUGAAGAGAAAGAAAAAAUUGGACCCAAACCGGUCUUGGCAUCAGCCCGAGGGGCCAUCAUCCAGCGGCCCCCGCCGCCCCCCUCCGCCCCGCGGAUGCCGGCGGCGGCGCCGGCGGCCUCGCAGCCCGUGCUGUUGCAGCCCAUCCCGCCGCUGAUGGUGAUCCCGCCGCUGGCGCCGCGCGCGCCGCUCAUCCCCACGCCGGUGGGCGCGCCCUUCGCCUACUCCGUGCCCGGCGCGCCCGCGCCGCCCGACGACGACGAGCCCGCCGCCAAGCGCGCGCGCACCGAGGACGCGCUCGAGCCCGAGCAGGUGUGGCUGGCCACCCACCCCGGGAUCGUACCGGUGCAGGUGGCGCUGCCGUCGCUGCCCGAGCGCGCGGACUGGCGGCUCGACGGGCGCACGCUGCAGCUGUCGGUGUCGCUGGCGACGCCCGUGGCCGAGCUCAAGAACAUCGUGCAGCGCUCCACCAACAUGCCCACCGCCAAGCAAAAGCUGCAGUACGAGGGCUUGUUCUUCAAAGACACUAACACCCUGGCGUACUACAACGUGCCGCCGGCCGCCGUGCUGUUACUGCAGGUUAAAGAGCGCGGUGGAAGAAAGAAAUAAUAAAAACAACCUUCCUAUGUCUAUAUCACGGUUAAAACUUAAACCCUAAUGUCCAUUCAUACAUUUACCCACUAGGAGAAAAAUACAACAAAAAUGAAAACUUACGUUAUUUUCUUUUUUAUUUUUACUGGACACUUCAUGGAUUUCAGUCGACAUUACUAUAUACCAUGGUAUUCUAUAUCAUGGUAUUUACCCGGUGUCAAUUACUGCAAUUUGGCGAAAUUUACUUUUUACUUAGUGACUUUUACUAUAACGUAGAGACAUUCAGUUCAUCAUGACAUUCAUACUCAGCGUUAUGACCUAACUUCAACAUAAUAAUUAGAUGCUAUUUUUUUAAAUAGCACAGUCGCCAUUUUUAAAUUGUUAAAAAGAAUAUGGCAUUUUAAACGCUGGUUUGUCAUAUUAAAUGAAUAGUAAUUUUGUAAGAAAUUAUAUAAAUAAAGCGAUUUAUUGUA